AUGAUGCACCGCCACGUGCUGGCCAGGACGCUGCGUGAGGCGUCCCCGUUCUUCCUGAUCGCUGGGCCAUGUGUGCUGGAGUCCGAGCAGGUCGUCAUGGCCAUCGCUGAUCGCUUGUCCAACAUCCAGAAGGACCUGCAGAUCCCCGUCGUCUUCAAGGCGAGCUUCGAUAAGGCAAACCGCCAGGAUCUCAAGAGUUACCGAGGCCCUGGACUGGAGCGCGGACUGGAAAUGCUGCGCCAGGUGAAGGAAGCGACGGGGCUGCCAGUGCUCACAGACGUCCACGAGACGCACCAAGUGGCUCCAGUGGCGGAGGUGGCGGACAUCAUCCAGAUCCCAGCCUUCCUGAGUCGGCAGACAGAUCUGCUCGUGGCGGCUGCGAACUCCGGGAGGCUCGUGAACCUCAAGAAGGGGCAAAUGCUCUCGGCUGAGACCAUGCUGCUUGCGGCCAAGAAGAUUGCAGUGACGCAGAGAGAUACCGACUUCAUUCUGACGGAGCGUGGAAGCAUGUUCGGUUACGGCGACUUGGUGGUGGACUCGCGGAAUCUGCCUAAGCUGCGGAAAUCGUAUGGCCUCGUCGUGCAGGACGUCACCCACAGUAUUCAACGACCGAGUGGCGCUCAUGCUGGAGCCACAACUAGUGGUGGUGACCGUGAGUUCAUCCCGACGAUUGCGAGAAUGGCUGCAGCCGUGGGUGUGGAUGGGUUCUUCUUUGAGACGCAUCUUGACCCCAGCAGGGCGCUGUGCGACGCUGCCACGAUGUUGCCAAUCAACGAGCUCGAGCCUCUUCUCGUCGAGCUCAUCGCGAUCUCCAAGGCGUCCAAGGCCUUAUCAUAG